CAGAGGACGGUUUGAAACGCAGGAAGGCAGAGGGGGCCCCUGGGAGGAGGCGGUGGGAGGGCGGAGGGCGGGGGCCGGGGCUCUGCCCGGAGCCUUCGGGGUGGGCAUCCUGGGCAGGGCAAGCGGCUGAGGUGUGGAAGGGGAGGAUGCGCCUCUCCAAAACCCUUGUCGACAUGGACAUGGCCGACUAUAGUGCCGCGCUGGACCCAGCCUACACCACCCUGGAAUUCGAGAAUGUGCAGGUGUUGACGAUGGGCAAUGACACAUCCCCAUCAGAAGGUGCCAACCUCAACGCACCCAACAGCCUGGGUGUCAGCGCCCUGUGCGCCAUCUGUGGGGACCGGGCCACAGGGAAACACUACGGUGCCUCCAGCUGUGACGGUUGCAAGGGCUUCUUCCGGAGGAGUGUGAGAAAGAACCACAUGUACUCCUGCAGAUUUAGUCGGCAAUGCGUGGUGGACAAAGACAAGAGGAACCAGUGCCGCUACUGCAGGCUCAAGAAGUGCUUCCGGGCUGGCAUGAAGAAGGAAGCUGUGCAAAAUGAGCGGGACCGGAUCAGCACUCGCCGAUCAAGCUACGAGGACAGCAGCCUGCCCUCCAUCAAUGCAUUGUUGCAGGCCGAGGUCCUGUCCCAGCAGAUCACCUCCCCCGUCUCCGGGAUCAACGGGGACAUUCGGGCGAAAAAGAUCGCCAGCAUCGCAGAUGUGUGUGAGUCCAUGAAGGAGCAGUUGCUGGUGCUCGUUGAGUGGGCCAAGUACAUUCCUGCUUUCUGCGAGCUCCCUCUGGAUGACCAGGUGGCCCUGCUCAGAGCCCACGCCGGUGAGCACCUGCUGCUUGGAGCCACCAAGCGAUCCAUGGUGUUCAAGGACGUUCUGCUUCUAGGCAAUGACUACAUCGUCCCUCGGCACUGCCCGGAGCUGGCAGAGAUGAGCCGGGUGUCCGUGCGCAUCCUCGACGAGCUGGUGCUGCCCUUCCAGGAGCUGCAGAUAGAUGACAAUGAGUAUGCCUGCCUCAAAGCCAUCAUCUUCUUUGACCCAGACGCCAAGGGGCUGAGCGACCCGGGCAAGAUCAAGCGGCUGCGCUCCCAGGUGCAGGUGAGCCUGGAGGACUACAUCAACGACCGCCAGUACGACUCGCGUGGCCGCUUUGGCGAGCUGUUGCUACUGCUGCCCACCCUGCAGAGCAUCACCUGGCAGAUGAUCGAGCAGAUCCAGUUCAUCAAGCUCUUUGGCAUGGCCAAGAUCGACAACCUGCUGCAGGAGAUGCUGCUGGGAGGUCUGUGCCAGGCCCAGGAGGGGCUGAGAGGGUCCUCCAGUGAUGCACCUCAUGCCCAUCAUCCCCUGCACCCUCACCUGAUGCAGGAACACAUGGGCACGAACGUCAUUGUUGCCAACACAAUGCCCUCUCACCUCAGCAAUGGACAGAUGUGUGAGUGGCCCCGACCCAGGGGGCAGGCAGCCACCCCUGAGACUCCACAGCCCUCACCACCAGGUGGCUCAGCGUCUGAGCCCUACAAGCUCCUGCCAGGAGCGAUCGCCACGAUUGUCAAGCCCCCCUCCGCCAUCCCCCAGCCGACCAUCACCAAGCAGGAAGUCAUCUAGCAAGCCGCUGGGGGUCGGGGGCUCUACCGGCCCCCCAGCCCCCUCAGAGAGCCCCGGUGGUCACUUGUUCACAGUGAAGGAAGCCGUGACAACAAGGCCAGUCUCAGGGCAGCAAUGGAAAGGGCGAAGGGCCCAAGAACUUGGGCUGCGGGCCACAUCCCAUUGCUACCCUCCACCCCCUGCUCUGGAUGAUGGGGCUUUGACUUGGGGAGACCCCAGCUGGAAAAUCCUCUGUUGCCUUGGACAACUCUUCUCUUGCCAAAGCCACUGCCUUCCCCUUCAUCAUACCUAACCCCAACUUCUUCACCCCCAAAGGACAACUCUCUGGAGAUGACAUGGGACCUUGCUUGGACAUAGCUAGCUCCCUUUCCCCUCAGACUGGUACUUCUCUCCAAGUACUGUCCUAGUGCCCAGACACAAAACCCUUCAAGGCUGGGUCAGAUCGGGGUCUCUGAUCCCUCCCUGUCUUGCUGCCCCUGCCUGCAACGCUCCUCUCCACUUGCCACCGUCACCCACCUCAGCCAUGCUAAUUUCUCCACGGCCACCUCUCCAGAGGCUGAAGAAGACUUGCAGACAACCACCCGGUCAUCCCAGGAGCAUUUCUAAAGCACUAGCUGGGCUAGGCACAGUGUAGGAGACUGUUGAGAAGGAAGACACCGUUCCACCUGUAACCCAUGGCUCUUCCCUUCUUUGGGACUUGGGUGGGUAUGGGGGUGAUGCUCCCUACAGGCUGUCAACACCGAGAGGACAAUCCAAGGUGGGCAACUGCAACAGGAACUUGGAGGGACUAGGGUGGUCGGAGGAAGCACCAAGAAAGGGGCAGACUGCAUUAGGCCUUUAAGGAAGGGCUGGAUUUCAGCUAGUGGAGCAGGUGAGACACAACAUUCCAAAGUAGGGCAAACAGUCUGGGCAAGGACUCAGGUCAGAAGAAGGGCGUGGGGGGAAGGCAAUGAAAAGACUGAGCUGUCUGGAGGAGGCUGGGGGCCUUGAACCCCAGACUGAGGCACUGAGAUGUGGGCUCCUCGGCCAUGACUAGCUGGGAGGAUGUGCGGUGGGUCGGGAGGGAGUGGGCAGACCAGAUGGGGGCUGGUGAUGCAUGUGAUGCAGGUGAGAGGGAAGACACCUGGAGAUGGCGGUGAAGAUGGAUGGGUGCACGUGGCUCAGAAGGGUGUCAGGGAGGAAUUGCCCCCCCCCCCCCCAGGGCCCGUCUCAGACUCUGCCUCGUUCCUGGCGCUGUGUUAAGUGCAGCACAUGCAUCGUCUCUUUCAUUGUUACCGAAGAUGAAAUUGAGAUCUAAGUAGUUAAGUGACUUUUCUGGAACCCACGGUUAGUAAAUGGCUAGUCAGGAUUUGAUCCUGUAUCUUCCUGGAUCAGAACAGGAGCUCUUGACCACGGUGACUAAAAGGGCCCUUCUGUCCUCCCCAUGAUCCAGUUUGAGGAGCUUCCUGCCCCUGUCGCCAGCCUCAGAAGCCAAAGUCUUAUUCUUCCCAGGGGCCCCACCAAUGCCCAGGACUAAGAUUGGCUUGGAGCUACACUAAUAUCUAAUCAGGGUCCAGCAUCCUGUUUGCUGAUGAAAAGGAGAAGUUAUAAUUGUUGGACUCCUUUUCUCUCCUCACUCCCCAAGUCCAGGGCGGGUGUCAGGGGUCUGGCUCUUGGGAGAUGGACCAAUAUGGCCUGGCCAUCUGGGAGCAGGAUGGUUUGGGGGUGGUUCAAGGGAGGGAUGAGAAGGCCUGGGUUUGAUCACAUUUGAGAAACAUUAAGCCCCAAGAUGGAACAGUCAGCAUGUCAUGUGGAAUUUUGGAGGCUUUGGGAAAAUUCUGCAAAAUGCCACUAAGCCAGUGGGAAUGAAAGAGAUGGGUCCUGUGGCUGGCACUGUGCUUAGGUAGGAGAGUGAACAGUUAGACUGGCUACCUACCCCCACCCCAGGCUGACCCUUCUGAGUGGAUGGGGGGGCAGGACUCCAGUGCCCCCAGAUUCCACCAUUGGUGAUGGCUCCUUUUUGUGAAAGAGGCAUGAGGGGUUCGAGGGCAAUAUGUCCAAGGAAAACCUCUACAUCACCAGUGGUCCCAGGAGCAGCCUACCCAAGCCACCAAGCCAAGUCCCUGGUGCCAGAGAGGCUGCUCCCUACUCAGAGCUCUCAAAUCUUCCCCAGCCCCUCUCUCUCUGGGUCCCCAGAAAUUCCAGCCAGGGAGCUCAGACUCAUCUGGGACAAGAUGAGGAAGCUGGAACUAUUCUGUCAUUGCGGUCAUUCCCACGCUUUGCUCCUCUGCCCCCCAAAGUUGCUCAGGCCUCUGUCAUAGGAGUGAAUCGAGUUAAGAGUUUUCCACAGGAUGGAGUUGGAGUAGCAGUGGCUUUUAAUAGUAGCAAAAUCUUCUGGGUCAGGGGUUCAGUCCUUAGCCCCAAUUAACCCUGCCAGCAGGAGAAAUCCAUUCCAUUUAAAUAAUUUUACUGUAAUGUGGGAAGCACAAAACAAAGAGCAGUUUGCUUUUCUGAUUCUGAGGACAUGGCAUUGGAAAAUCCCUCUCUCUCUCUCUCUCUCUCUCUCUCUCCCCCCCCCCUCUCUCUCUCUGUCCCCCCCUCUCCCUCUCUCCCUCUUCUUCUCUCUCUGCCACUUGAGUUCUGGUCCUAAACAAUGAAAUCUGAAGGACUAAAUAAACAAGGGUUGGGAGGGCAAGCAUGGACCCUGCAGUUCCUCCCCUGAGACAGCCUCUUCUCCAGGCAGCUCUCAGAAGCUUCCAGAAUCUGCAUGACUCCCCGCAGAGUAGACAGAGGAGAGGGUGGGAAAUGGACGCUCCUAGAUUUUUGUGAUGACCAAGCCAAUUGCUUUUGCCAAAUUGUUCUGUGAUUUGCCCUGAUUGGGAUGAAUUGUGAAAUUCACAUCAAGCAAUACUGGAAGCGGGCUGCUUCCUGUGGGUGUGAAUGCCACCAGCCCCUGUGCUGACACCUGAGCCCCUGUCACUCUGCCGCCCAAUGGGGCAGAGAAGCAAAAAAACAUUUCUUACUCUUGUGUGUUUUAACAAAAGUUUAUAAAGCAAAAUAAAUGGCGCAUAUGUUUUCUAA